AUGGCUUCCACCCCGGGAGAGUCGCCCGCCACCUCGACGGCUCCCACCGUCACGCUGCCUGGCAGCACGGCAGGCGAGACGUCGACGGACCCGACGACGACGACGACGGACGGUGCCGCGAUAACGACGGACCAGCCCACCACCACCACCACCACGGACGACGCUGCCACGUCGACCACAGACGUCGCGACGACGGACCAGCCCACAUCCACAGACCCGACCACCGAGCAGCCGACGUCGACGACGGAGGUGCCGACAUCGACGACGGACCCCGCCACCUCGACCACCGAGGAUCCCACCUCGAUAGCCACCGAGCCGUCGUCGACGACCGAAGACUCCACCACCACAGACGACGCUACGUCGACGGUGGCCAGGCCGUCGUCCACCACCGACGUCUUCACCACCACCCAGGCGGACAGCACGGCCACCAGCGUCGUCGUCAUCACCACGACGCGCGAGGCCUCAUCGGCCGCCUCGGCCGCCUCGUCGACCGGGUCCACCGUCGACCCGACGCCCAUCAGCCCCGGGUCCAAGGACUCGUCGGGCGGCCUGACCAGCGGCUCCAAGAUCGCCAUCGGCGUGGCCGUGCCCAUCGGCGCCCUCGUCAUCCUCGCCAUCGUCGGCCUGUUCUGGUGGAAGAAGCGCAAGGCCCGCCUCGCCGCCGAGGAGGAGGAGCGCCGCAAGGAGGUGGAGGACUACUCGUACAACCCCAACGCCGGCGCGGCCAACGAGAUGCGCGAGGACUCGUCGGCCGGCGGCUACCGCGGCUGGGGCACCACCACCCUCGCCGGCGGCGCCGGCUCCAUGGGUCGCAAGGCCUCGACCACCAUGUCCGGAGGCGGUCUCACCUACUCCGACCCCGCGUCGCCCAAGCAGGGUCAUGCCUCCCUCGACGAGAACGGCAACGGCGGCAACACCCACUACACCCCCUACUCGGACGGCGAGAUCCUGGGCGCCAUGGGCCCCUCUGCCGCCAACAACCGCUCCGCCUCGGCCGCGGCCGGAGCCGGCGGCGUCAACCGCGGCGCCUCCAACGCUUCCUCGUCGUACAGCGCCGCCAACCAGUCGGAUAACUCGGACGGCACGGCCGCGUCGUACGCCAACGGCCCCUUCUACGACGCCUCCCAAGCCCACGGCCACCAGCACACCAGCUCCGGGAGCACGGCCGCCGGGGGCUACCCGCCUCAACCCCACGAGCUGCCUAGCCAGCCGGUUAUUAGGGACAAUCCGGCCAGGAGGAACACGCGCAUCGAGAAUCCCGCUCACUAUCCCCAGCAGAGUGCGGGUAUCUCGCAGAAUUUCUGA